UCAUGCGGCUGCCGGGCCCCACAGUUUUCUCAGGGGUCCCUGUACGGCCUCCCAUUGCUGCUGUCUAAAAAUCGCCACACUCUGCCAUGUGCCAUUUUCCAGGUCCUCCUACACACUGCAGGGUUCCAUUUUGUCAUAGGGUGCUGGCAGAUUACAGGCCUCCCAUUGCUGCUGCCAGGCCCGUAAUCUGCCAUGGGCCCCAGUACCGCCUCCUCAUGCUGCUGCCAGGUCCACAGUCUCUCAUGGGUCCCUGUACGGCCUCCCAUUGCUGCUGUCUCCAUCGCCACACUCUGCCAUGUGCUACUUUCAGGUCUCCUCACACUGCUGGUGGGUUCCAUUUUUUG